UCUCCCCCCCAGACGACACCAUGCCUGCAAUACUCGAGGAAAUCUCCACCUUCCGUGACGACUACAGCGAGGGCGCCCACCCGGCCAUCCUGGCCGCCCUGCUCGAGUCCAACCGCACGCAGGAACGGCCGUACGGCGCCGACGAACACAGUAACGCCGCCCGCCGGCUGAUCUGCGCCCGCCUGGGCUGCUCCCCGAGCGAGGCGGCCAUCCAUUUCGUGCCCAGCGGCACGGCCGCCAACCGGCUGUGCAUCGCCGCGUGUCUGCGCCCGUUCGAGGCGGUCAUCACCCUCGACGCCGGCCACAUCGUCGCCAAGGAGGCCGGCGCCAUCGAAAACACAGGCCACAAGACCAUCCUCGUCCCGCCAGAGAGACACACGGGCAAGCUGGUCCCCGCGGGGAUCGAGAAAGCCGUCGCCCAGCACUCCUUCCACCCACACUCGCCGCGCCCGCGCCUCGUCUACCUGUCCAACGCCUCGGAGAACGGCACGGUCUAUUCGAGAUCAGAACUGCACGCCCUCUCCGCCACCUGUCGACGGCUGAACCUGCUGCUGAUGAUCGACGGCGCCCGGCUGGGCGUUGCCCUGCGUUCGCCCGCCGCCCAGGGCCUCACCCUCCGCGACCUCUUCCAACUCACCGAUCUGUUCUGGAUCGGCGGGACAAAAUGCGGCGCUCUGCUCGGCGAGGCGAUCGUCGUACGCAACCGCGUCAUCGCCGACGACUUCAUCCUCCAUCUCAAACAACAUGGCGCCCUCCUAGCCAAGGGGAGGGUGCUGGGCGUACAGUUUGAAGAGCUCUUCAAAGAUCCCACCCCUUCUUCUUCUUCUUCUUCUUCUUCUUCCGAGGAUUGUCUUUACUUCCGUUUGGCGGAUCAUGCAAAUGAAAUGGCUCGUCGCAUCGGUUCGCUCUUUGAAAGCAGGGGUUACGCGCUGGCCGCCCCCGUGCAGUCCAACCUGCUGUUUGUUGCUGUCCCGAGAUCGCUGGCCGAUAGGCUCGGAGAACGCUUCGGAGUCUAUGUCUGGGAGGAGAGAGAGGAAGACGUCGUCGUCCGGCUGGUGACUUCUUGGGCGACCGAGAAGCUGCAGGUGGAUAAACUGGCGGCCUGGUUGGAGUCGAUAGAAUGUGUUGUAGAUUAGUUUUAGCCCUCAUUGCAUAGCCAUCAUUUUCAGUAAUUUUUGUCCUAUAUCUAUUGCUGCCUGAGGCUACACUUAUACCUGAGGCAAUAGUUCUGCCUCAGGCUAACAACUCCAGC